AUGGUUGAUUCCAGUCUAUUGAAUGCGAACUCUCAAGUCACUUAUGAUGCUAUAGUGAUUGGUGCAGGUGUGAUUGGUCCUGCUGUGGCCACUGGAUUAGCCAGGAAGGGUAAGAAAGUGUUGAUAGUGGAAAGAAAUUGGUCUAUGCCAGAUAGAAUUGUAGGCGAAUUGUUACAACCAGGUGGACUUCGGGCGUUGAGAAGUUUAGGUAUGGCUCAAUCAGUCAACGGUAUCGAUGCAUAUCCUGUUACUGGUUAUACUGUUUUCUAUAACGGUGAACACGUGGAUAUCCCUUAUCCGUACAAGUCAAGUGUUGCUCCAGUGGAGAAAUUGAAGGAUUUAGUUAAAGAUGGAAAUGAUAAAAUUCUAGACGAUAGCACACUUUCUUCCAGAGACUUUGAGGAAGAUGAAAGGGAGCGCGGUGUUGCAUUUGUUCAUGGUAAAUUUUUGAAUAAUUUAAGACGUAUUGUUGGUGAAGAGCCAACCGUUACCAGACUACAAGGAAAUUGCGUUCAAAUUUUGAAAAAUGAACAAAAUGAAGUUAUCGGUACCAAAGUUGACGUGGAAGGUAGAGGAAAAGUGGAUUUCAAAGCUCACUUAACCAUUGUCUGCGAUGGUAUCUUUUCACGUUUCAGAAAAGAAUUAGAUUCUCAACAUACGCCAACAGUUGGAUCUUCAUUUGUUGGUAUGAGUUUGAGAGACGCAAAGAAUCCAUUUCCUAUGCAUGGCCACGUCAUCCUAGGUAGCAACCACAUGCCAAUUUUGGUCUAUCAAAUUAGCCCUGAAGAAACCAGAAUUCUAUGCGCGUACAAUUCACCAAAAUUACCAUCAAAUGUUAAAUCUUGGUUAAUCAAAGAUGUUCAGCCAUAUUUACCAGACUCGUUGCGUCCCUCAUUUGACGAGGCCCUCUCAGAUGGUAAAUUUAGAUCGAUGCCAAACUCUUAUCUACCAGCAAAACAAAAUGAUAUUACUGGUAUGUGUGUUGUGGGUGAUGCCCUUAACAUGAGACAUCCACUAACUGGUGGUGGUAUGACUGUUGGACUUAACGAUGUGGUUUUAUUGAUUAAGAAAAUUGGUGAUUUAGAUUUUAGUGAUCGUGAGACAGUUUUAGAAGAAUUGUUAGGAUACCACUACGAACGUAAGAAUUACGAUUCCGUCUUGAACGUUUUAUCAAUUGCACUUUACUCACUGUUUGCUGCUGAUAACGGUAAUCUGAAAAAAUUGCAAAGAGGCUGCUUCAAGUAUUUCCAACGUGGUGGUGAUUGCGUCAGCGUUCCAGUUGCAUUUUUGUCUGGUGUUUUACCAAAACCAUUCUUAUUGGCAAGAGUCUUUUCAGCAGUCGUCCUUUACACCGUCUAUUUGAACAUUGAGGAACGUGGAUUCCUGGGAUUACCAAUGGCCCUAUUGGAAGGUAUUACCAUCCUUUUUACUGCUACUAAGGUCUUUACUCCAUUCCUCUACCAAGAAUUGUGCGGCUAA